UUCCCUGGCGUAGGCGGAAAACUUGAAAACGGCAACACUGCAGUGCGUUGCCCGCCCCUCCCUCGCUUCCUACACCGUACUCUCUACCCCUCUGUUUGUCGCCAUUGCUCAGCGAGUAAAGUGAUUCACUGCGCGCAGCAUAAGCAAGAACCAUGGCAGACUUCUCAUCCGUGUCAAUCUGGAUUAAAGUGUGUAUGAUAUUAAUCCCUCUUGGCGGAUUAUGUCACCUCAUAGGGUUUGCAUCCCCUUACUGGAUUAGUUCUCUCACAACCCAUAUCGGAAUUUGGAAAUCUUGUUCUGGAUCAAUCUGUAUAGAUUGGCUUGAUACGAGGGCUGUUCCCGGCUGGCUACGCGCGACUCAGUUUUUUGAGACAGUCGGGUUGAUCGCCAUUGCAGUAGCAGCUGUCAUCUUGUUUCUCUCCCUCAUCGUGCAGUCGCUCAGGAACAAGAAGAUCGUCACUAUCGUCAACGCACUGGCCUGCUUCGUUGCCUUUGGAACCAUUAUUGUCGGCGCCAUCAUCUUCGCCUCCCGGAGCAACAGCAGCUACCUGAGCUGGGCGUUCGCGCUGUGCAUUGUGGGGGCAAUACUGGAGGGUGUGGCAGGCGCACUAAUUCUUGUGGGGACCUUCGCGACCAGAAGUUAAUGUCUUUUCUCAAAUUCAACAUCCGGCGCUUCUGGUGUAGCCGGUUUAUCCUUACCUCGAACUCUAUCAGUGCCUUCUUCUCAUCCUUUGAACAACUUCCGGUAACCCGAAGUAAAUAUCCUCCUUUAUCGAAGUAUCCGGAUGUUUGGUGAAGUGAAAACAUCAAGAAAUUUGCUUAUGAUUGUGAUCUGUUUUGCUCAUCAUUUCUGUAGUCACGUGAUCAAAGUGGCUCGGAGUCUGGAAAUUGUUAAUGUAGCCAUUGUUGACAUCUUGCAUAACAUGAAAACAACUGCGGUUUACAAAAUGACUGAAAUUCCACGACUGUAACCGAGAGCCGCAAUGGGGUCUGACAGUCAAGACAUGAUUCUACAUGAUUCAACAUAUCUUAACUCUCGAACCCCAUCGCUUCUCUCGGCCAAGUAUAAUGUAGAUAAGUUUGUGACUGUAUGAUUUAACAGGCAGGAUUGUUUUAAAAGAAAUACCUUCGUAAUUGUCAUUCUCAUUCACCUAAAAAUCGGAAAGCCCUUAUGUAAUAACGUCAGGUAGUUUUCACAGAGACCGUGGUGUUCUAGUCCAUUUGAGGCCUAAACACUGUAAUGACGGUAUUUAAUCAAUAAAUACAUACUUUUUUGUAAUUAGGGUAAUAUAUUAUUGCUUCCUUGAACUCGAGCUUGUAGACAGGCAAAGUUUUGAUUGUGAGCACUGUGGAAUACAAAGCUCUUUGUCAGCAAUACAACUUUUUUUAGGUAGUACAACCGGUACCUACAUAACGUCAGCCAAUACGUGUCCAGUGGUAUCACAGGGUUUCAGUGUUUUCAUGUCCACCGUCUCAUCCCGCCGCAUGCGGCUGGAGCGUGCACGCGCCGGUUAUAUAUAAUCGCCUAAACAUAUGCCGCUUCCUGCAGUGACACACACAACCAGUGAGUAAAUGACAUAGAAGUCCGUACAUCGCGACGGGCAAACUCAGGGGAAACAUUAGGGCAGGGGAACUAGAUAAUCUACGGCGAGUACAAGUUGUGGAGGAAGUUAGGGUGUCUCACUGUGCUUGAAUGACAUGUUGGUCUAUUAGUCCUGUAAGAGUUAGUUCCCCUUAGUUGAUAUCCCCAGACUCGAAAUCGUUUGUCUUCCUCCUUGGAGAGAUCAUAUAUUGGUCUCUGUUAAUGAUAAUCUACUGAUGAAGCCUGUCCCUCGAUAUAAGGCAUCUGCUCCGUGUUAUAAACACGACUUCUAGCGAUCGCUGGUCAUCUGUCAUCUGUUCAUUCCGCAUUGAUGUUCGAGAGAAAAAUCUCUAUCAAGAUGAGGUAGUGGGGAACACAUUUCUGAAACGUCCACCACUGUCACACUUCAAACCAGCUGAACGUUGCUAGUAUUGUAACUUAUGUAAUAUUGUAUACUUCCUUGGCAUCUUACAAGCAUGUUUUGCAUAACAAUAGUUUAGCAUUUUGUUUGUGUGUAUAUGUAUCUACAUUUUUACCUGUCCGAAUGUAAUUUUUGUCUUCUGCGCUGUGCCUGUCCCGCAGAUAAAAAAAACCCUGUUAUUUGAAUUGCUAUCUUUUCAGGAAUGUUAUCGAGGUAUUAAGAUGUGCUGUCAUAUGUACCAAAUUAUCUAUAUUUAAAAACAGUAUUUUGUUAAUAUAAUUUUGUCAUUUUUCGGUAAAAAACAAGCGUGUAUUCAGUGUGGUUAAACUUUUAAACGCACCCUUUCCUCGAUUUUCACAACUCCAAUGGUGUAGCAUUUGUAUCUUUUUAUGAAUAAAUUAAUAUAUGUAACCAA